AUGGUUGGCGCCGGAGUCCUCAGUCUCCCUUACGCCAUGCCCGAAUUAGGAUGGGGUCCUGGAGUUACGGUUAUGGUGAUAUCAUGGAUCAUCACACUAUACACUCUGUGGCAAAUGGUUGAGAUGCACGAAAUGGUGCCCGGGAGGCGCUUCGACAGGUAUCACGAGCUCGGCCAGUAUGCCUUUGGCGAGAAGCUCGGCCUCUACAUUGUCGUGCCUCAACAACUCGUGGUCGAAGUUGGGGUCGACAUUGUUUAUAUGGUCACCGGAGGAAGAUCCCUCAAAAGGUUUCACGAUUUGGUUUGCAAUGAUUGCAAAGACAUAAAGCUCACUUACUUCAUCAUGAUCUUUGCUUCUGUUCACUUUGUUCUCUCUCAUCUCCCCAACUUCAACUCUAUCUCCGGUGUCUCAUUGGCCGCAGCUGUCAUGUCUUUAAGUUAUUCUACGAUUGCUUGGGGGGCUUCGGUUGGGAAAGGAAAGGAACCCGACGUGCAGUAUGGGUACAGGGCUUCGACGACAGCUGGCACAGUUUUCAACUUCUUCAGUGCAUUGGGUGACGUGGCGUUUGCAUAUGCGGGUCACAAUGUCGUGUUGGAAAUACAAGCAACGAUACCUUCGACGCCCGAGAAGCCUUCAAAGAUUGCCAUGUGGAGAGGAGUUAUUGUGGCUUAUAUUGUUGUUGCUAUGUGCUACUUUCCGGUGGCCUUCAUCGGCUACUGGAAGUUCGGUAAUGGUGUUGACGAUAAUAUCUUGUUGACUUUGGGGAAGCCCGUGUGGCUAAUCGCCAUGGCUAACAUGUUUGUUGUGGUUCAUGUUAUCGGAAGUUAUCAGAUAUAUGCGAUGCCGGUUUUCGACAUGAUAGAAACCGUACUUGUGAAGAAGCUUAGGUUUAAGCCUACAUGGUACUUGAGCUUUAUCUCUCGGAAUCUUUACGUGGCAUUUACAAUGUUUGUUGGAAUUACCUUCCCCUUCUUUGGCGGGCUCCUAGGAUUUUUCGGUGGUUUUGCUUUUGCGCCGACCACAUACUUUCUUCCCUGCAUAAUGUGGCUUGCCAUCUACAAACCUAGGAAAUUCAGCCUGUCCUGGUUUGCCAACUGGAUAUGCAUCAUACUUGGUGUGAUGUUGAUGGUUAUAGCACCAAUUGGAGGGCUAAGGCAGAUCAUAAUUCAAGCAAAACACUACAAAUUCUACUCUUAA